AAAAGAAAAUUAUACGUGGCGGAUAUCUUGGGACUAGAGGAGGAGGGAGAGGAGCUAAGAGACCAUUCGUCGUCGUCCAUGGAGAUCUCUGCGUCUGCUUCUCUAACUUUCUCUGGAUUCGUUCCUCGUCUUCUUCCCUUGCUCUCUCCUCAAGCUCCAACUACCUCUUACAAGCCGUUGCUGUCUUCUUCUUUUUCUAAUAGACUCAUUUCUUCUCACAGUCGUAUAGCUCCGUCUCAGUCUCUCGCCGAUCAAUCUGCCUCCACCGGGAUCAGUGUUGUUGAUUCGGAUCCCAUAGAUGUUGUAAAGAGGAAAGCUAUGGACAUAGCCCCUGAAUUGAAAGGAGCUUCGAUAUUUCUGGUUGGGAUUAAUAACUCUAUUAAAACGAACACGGGGAAGCUUUUGGCUGAGGCAUUACGAUAUUACUACUUUGAUAGUGAUAAUUUGAUCACAGAGGCGGCUGGUGGAAAUGUGUCUGCUCAAGCUUUAAAAGAAGCUGAUGAGAAGGCUUUUCAGGAAUCAGAGACUGAAGUGCUGAAGCAGCUAUCAUCUAUGGGUCGGCUUGUAGUUUGCGCUGGAGAUGGUGCGGUCCAGAGCUUGACAAAUCUUGCACUUCUAAGACACGGAAUCUCCAUAUGGAUCGAUGUUCCUCUGGAUAUCGCAGCUAAAGGGGAUGAUGACUCAUUCAACUCAGAACCAUCUCCUGAGUUGUUUGACACACUAAAAGCGAGUUACGAAAAAUCAAGAAAGGGUUACGAAACAGCAGAUGCAUCCAUUUCCCUUGAAAAAAUAGCCACAAAACUGGAAUUUGAAGACUUGGAAGCAGUAGCUUCUGAAGACAUAGCUUUGGAGGUCCUGAAAGAAAUCGAGAAGUUGACUAGAGUGAAGAAAAUGAUGGAAGAAGCUUCUCGACCUUUCUAGUGACAUGUGUUCUACAAGACGAGGUUCAGCUUUGGGUGGAGGAGAAUCAUCUGUCCUCAUCUCACGUGAGAUCGAUCACGUGCUGGGCUUAAUCUAUUGAUCCACUAGUAUGUGGGCCUUGAUUUAUGGCCCACUAAGGGAUAAGAGCGAGAAAUAGUGAAAGGGCACAAAAAAGCUCAUCCCAGUUCCCAACAGCUUUCUUGUCUCUCUCGUCUUUAAAAAACAAAACAAUUAUUUAUUUUUUCUCCAUUUUUACUGUUCGUUGGAGUUAUUUCUUUACGGUGAAAAAGACAAUAAAAACGGUAAUGUUUAUUGAUUAUUAACGAUUUAUCAUUUAUUAAUGUAAUAAAAGUUGAAGAAA